AUGUCCAAGAUCUCAGCUUUUGCCACCGGGGCUGCCGCGGUAACCGCAGCAACAGCCUUUGUUGGAGUGCCGCAGCCAGCGAGGCAGCCGACACUCCGAGGCACACAGAGAUCCACAGGAGCCACUGCAAAUGGCACCAUGAGCUCCGCAGCGGGUUUGGGCCUUGGCCUCGGGGCCAUGGGCCUGAUUGCGUCCUUAGUGCGCCCGGCUCCUUCGCCGGCCGUGCGCAGUGGCAUCGCGCGCUGCGCCUACGACGCCUCUGGGGAGAUCGGUGCUUGCGACCCGCUCCUGUUCUGGGACCCCAUCGGCUACUGCCAGGACGGCUGCACGAAGGAGGACUUCGACCGUCGGCGAGCAGUGGAGCUGAAGCACGGGAGGUUGUGCAUGGUCGCCACCAUUGGCAUGGUUUGGCCGGACAUCUUCGGCAAGUUCGAUGGUUACCUGUCGCCAUCACAGAACUUGAAGUUCGCAGACGUCCCGUCAGGAAUUGCCGCUGUCAGCAAGGUCCCUCUGGAGGGCUGGCUGCAGAUCUUGCUCGUGGCAGGACUUAUUGAGACGCAGCUCUUGAAGGAUCAGUCUUUCGGUGGCUUCGGUUACGCCAAGUACGGUCAGGAGCCAGGAAAUUUCGGAACGGGAUACUGGGGCAGGAAGAUCCAGGAUCCGGCCGAGCGCCGGCUGAAGCUGACCACAGAGCUGAACAACGGAAGGCUGGCAAUGAUCGCCAUGUCUGGCAUGCUGAUUCAGAACGGCCUCACUGGACAGUCCCCGAUCGAGCAGCUCACUGCCGGCCACAUUUCGCCCUUCAACGAUGGUCAGGGCUUCUUCGCUUUUGACCCUUCGCAGGAACUUGGUGCGUGCCCUCCUCUUGGCUACUGGGAUCCAUUCGGCAUGAUGGCCUUCCAGGAUGAGGAGAAGUUCCGCCGGAAUCGUGAGCUGGAGCUGAAACACGGACGGAUCUGCAUGGUUGCCACGAUCGGGAUGAUCGUGCCUGACCUCUUCGGCCGCUUCGGUGGCUACCUAGCACCCAGCAUGGACCUGAAGUUCUCCGACAUUCCUUGCACGAUUGAGGCCAUCUACAAGGUUCCGACCUUCGGCUGGUUGCAGAUCUUUGCUCUCGCCGGAGCCAUCGAGGCCAAGAACCAGGCCUUCCCUGAGAACUAUGGCUAUCCUCCUUUCUGGGGGCGGAUCAACACUCUUGAGCCGGAGGAGAAGCAGAAGAAGCUGCUUGCCGAGAUCAACAACGGACGCCUGGCUAUGGUUGCGAUGGCUGCCAUCGUGGCACAGAACGGCGCCACAGGCCAGUCCCUGGUCGAGCAGUUCACCACCGGAAACCUGAACCCCUUCGUGGGUGGCUAUGCUCAGCUUGAUGCUUCUGAUCGCUUGGCUUUGCGAGCCGAGUUCGGCUCUGGCGCCGGCAAGUCCACGGCUAUCCCUUGGGAUCCCAUCCCAGAGGGCCUCAGCAACGACAUCUUCAACAACACCUACGUGGGCGAUGUUGGCUUCGACCCUGCAGGCUUUGCCAAGAACCAGCGCCUGCUGCCUUGGUACCGUGAAGCCGAGCUUGCUCAUGGCCGCGUGUGCAUGCUGGCAGUGCUGGGCUACACCGUACAGACUUCCGGGGCCAAGUUCGAGCCCUUCAUCACCCGAUACCCGACGGACUCCGCGGACCCCCUGAAGGCGGCCACGCAGGUGCCCAUCGUGGGCUGGCUUCAGAUCAUUGUCGUGAUUGCCCUGUCGGAGCUUUGGCGAUACGAGAACGUCAUCAGCAAGUAUUCUCAGGGCGUCCAGCCUGGAGACCUUGGCUGGAAUCCGACGGCCCCGGUGAGCAGCCC